CGAUGACGAAAUUUAAAUUGUUUUGGGUGAACUGUCCCUUUAAGAGUAGGCAUGAACUUUACCUGCCCUUCCUGCAGCUGUACAUUCAUGAGCUCCGCCCACGCGUGAGGUGUUUUCAAACGAAACUCAACUGGAGUAAAGAGGAUGUUACUCACGCCGGCUGGACUGGAUGAAACACUCUAGAAACACUACAACUUCUGUUUGUGUCGCCGUAUACCGAUACUAGAGUUAAACAACAACAAGUGGACAGUGUAUGUGUAGUGAUGGAGGUGAAAGGCUGUAGGUCAGAGGUGGAAGUGUUUAGGAGGUCAACGGUUGAGACGAUGUCCACAGGAGAUUCAGUGUCUGGGAAAUGUUCUCCAUCAUCCCAAAAUCUUCAGAUGUCAACACCUCGAUGCAUCCCUCUGACCAUGAGAAACACAGACAGUGUUCCAUCAAAACGGGAAUUUCGAGCUUCAUCCGCACCUUUGAUUCCCAAUCCGUUUCCGGAGCUCUGCAAUCCGGCGCACUCCCCGGUGCUGCCCGGAUCUCUCGGCGAGCGGGACCUUCUCUCUGACAACAGAACACAUGUGGUUCGGGUUUUUUGGGACCCCACACACAGUCGUUCGGUCCUGGUGUCAUCUGGGGCGACAGCACGUGAUGUUUGUCAUAUGCUAGCGGAGAGCGCCCACUGUAUGGACGAGGAGAGCUGGGCUCUCAUAGAACAUCAUUCUGCUUUGGGCCUGGAGCGCUGUCUGGAGGACCAUGAGCUUGUGGUGCAGGUACAGUCUUCCUGGUCCGUAGAGAGCGACACUAUGCUGUUCUUCCGCAAAAACUACGCCAAGUACGAGUUCUUCAAAAAACCUGUGUUGUUUUUCCCAGAGCACAUGAUCUCUGACUGCGCUGAUAUCACUAAAGGCACGACAUCAUCAGAGCUGGUGCAGAAUAUGGUGAAGAGUGGUUCCUGUCCAGAGAUUCAAGGCUUUCUUCAUGUGAGAGAGGGUGGGAAAAAAUCCUGGAAGAAACUCUAUUUCGUUUUACGGCGGUCUGGACUGUACUGCUCCAACAAAGGACAAUCAAAGGAACCUCGACACCUGCAGUUUGUCGGAGAUCUGGAAGAUCUGAAUGUGUUUACAGUCUUCAAUGGCCGGAAACUUUACGGGGCACCAGAAGCGCACGUCUUCUGCAUUAAGGCCUCAAAAGACAGGUUUCGCUGUCAGGAUUUGAAGCUGAUGUGUGCCGACAGUGAGCAGAGUCGUACGUGCUGGAUCACGGCCUUCAGAUUGUUUAAGCAUGGGAAACAGCUCCAGUGUAAUUACCAGUUCGCUCAGUCCAGCGCCAGACUUCACAUGGCAUUAAAAGACUCCAAGUUUACAGAUAGGGAGGAGUCGAUGGUUGCUAUGGAUUUUUCAGGGAAAAGCGGCGGACGAGUGAUUCAGAACCCACAUGAGGCCCAGAAUGCAGAGCAGGAGGAAGGACACAACUGGCGGAAGAGAGAAGCGUUGCGUCACAGUUUACCCACCAACGGUCACGGGUCACAGCUCUCCGCGGUUCAUCGGGUUCAACCGUGGUUUCAUGGGGGCAUGUCUCGUGCGGAAGCUCAAAAGCUAUUGGAGGAGCAGGGUCAGGUGGACGGGAUGUUUUUGGUUCGUGACAGUCAGCUGCACAUGCAGUGCUUUGUGCUGUGCUUGAGUUAUAAACUGAAGACGAAACACUACCUCAUCAUUCCCUUGGAGCAGGGCGACAGACAGUACUACACUAUGGACGAUGGUGUCACACUGUUUGCAGAUCUGCUGCAGUUGGUGGAGUUUCACCAGAUCAACCGCGGCAUCUUGCCUGUUUGUCUCAAACACCCCUGCACUCGCAUUGCACUCUAAACCUUGAACUUUGACCUCUUCCCCCAAAACUAGGACCUAACUGACCCAGCACCAGUUUCUGGACCAUUAAAGUUUUAAUGGCAGUGGAUGUCAGGACAUUCCACAGUGUUUAUAUUAUUUAUAUUUCAUAUACUAAUCACCUGGAGCACACUUUGGGCUUACACAGGUCUUUAAUAUCGGUUAUUGAAACAAAAACACUUUUUGUACUGUUUGUUUACAAGCUAUUUGUAUUCAUCAUCCUACUAUCCGGAAAGUGCACAAGCAUGUGGGAAUGUUCUUGCUGUUCCUUCCUUCAACAGUAGGUGGCGCACUGGCGCUUUGAAUAAGUGCGCAUGACGACGCCUGUCCAGGAAUUCACAAUAGAUAGUUUAUGCAAUAGACAUGCAGGGAUAUUUAAUGCAUCUCAAAAGUUGCAGAAGAAGAAAGUGUCAAUGUAGCAGAUUUAUUAUUAUUAAUAUUAUUUUAUUAUUAUUUUUGCUUAACACUGUGUGUAAUUUAUGGGUGUUCAUUUCAUAAUACAGAUAUUUGAGAAGAUAAUAGAGGCCAGUUUAUAUUUCCUCGAUUCUGUAUUUUCUACGUGUUUAUUCUAUUCUAUUGUUGUUUAGUACUUUUCCCGAUGGUUAACAGACAGUUGUGCUUAUUUGUAUGUAGUUUGAUUAUGACCAUGACUCCAAAUUGAAGUUGUAAAUAAGUAAAUUGAGUGUUUGUGUUAUUUGAGUAGUUUUAAUUGUGUGUGUGUGUGUGUGUGUGUGUGUGUGUGUCUGAUUCGAAACAAAAGAUUCGUAAAGCUUCGAAGCUUCAUGAAGCAGUGUUUUGAAAUCACCCAUCACUAGAUAUUGUUGAAUAAAGUCGUUAUUUUGUU